AUGUCAUCUGAAAUUCCAACAACUCAUCAUACGCAUCAAUUUGAUUUAAAAAAAGUACGAGAUGCUUUUGUUAAUUGUAUUCAAUCAGAUAAUAGACUUUUUCUUAUGGAAUAUAUUCGUGCUUAUGAAGAAUUAUGCAUUUUUGUUUGCUCUCUUGGUCCUGUUUUUGAAUGGGCAAUAAAAGAUUUAAAUAAUAAAUUAAUUAUUCUUAAAGAAUAUCAACAUAUUGAUCCAAUUAAUUAUGAAUCUAUACAAUCUAUGAUUGAUUAUGAAGUUAAAACGGGACGUGUUAAAACAAGAGAAACAACAGUACAUAGUAAAUCAGGAAAAAUUUUACCAAAUGGUUGUCGAACAUUAUUAAGAUUACAUCGAGCACUUGCUUUUAUUUCAUUAUUUUUAAGUCAAAUGCGUACAGCACCUGAUGAUGCAAGUUCAGCAUCCAUUGCUUGGAAUGCUUAUUCAUCAACACUUGGACAUUUUCAUUCAUGGCCUGUUAGACAAACAAUACAUACUGCUAUUCGAUUGACAGUUCCUAAUCGUCAUACAUUAAUCAACAAAUUACUGAAUAAACGAAGUUACGAAGAAAUCGAUACAUUGGCUAUUGAUAUUGUAGAAUCAUGUAAUAAAAUUGAGAGUAUUACACAAGAACUUUAUGAAAUGCAUCGUUUGACUAAAUUACCUUAA